GUUACUAUGGUAACGGCCGUGCGUUUUCAGGGGCCGCGUAGAAACCGGAAGUGUGUUUUCUGGAGCUGGAGGGAUGGCUGAUGAGGAGACGGUUAAAGCGGAUGCUCCGCUGCCGGUGGCCACUGACCCUAAGAAGCCUCGUCUUAAAAAAGCCCCAGAACUUCCGAUUCUAGAGAGGAGAAACUGGCUCAUUCAUCUUCACUACAUCCGCAAAGACUAUGAGACCUGCAAGGCCAUCAUUAAAGAGCAGCUCCAGGAGACUCAGGGCAUGUGUGAAUAUGCUGUUUAUGUCCAAGCUCUGAUCCUGCGUUUGGAGGGGAAGAUCCAGCAGUCGCUAGAGCUGUUCCAGAGCUGUGCCAUCCUAAACCCCACCAGCUCUGAUAAUCUCAAACAAGUGGCCCGCUCCCUGUUUCUCUUAGGGAAGCAUAAGGCCGCUAUUGAAGUUUACAAUGAGGCGGCCCGUCUCAACCAGAAGGACUGGGAGAUCAGUCACAAUCUUGGAGUUUGCUACAUCUACACCAAGGACUUUAAGAGUGCUGAGGAGCAGCUCAACCUGGCACUGCAGCUAAACAAACAUGACAUGACCUACAUGAUGCUGGGAAAGAUCUACCUGUUAGAGGGAGACACAGAGAAGGCAAUAGAAAUCUACAAGAAAGCUGUGGAGUUCUCCUCAGAGAACACAGAACUGCUGACCACACUGGGGCUGUUGUACAUGCAGCUUGGAAAAUAUCAAAAAGCCUUUGAACACCUCGGGAAUGCACUGACGUACGACCCAAACAAUUACAAGGCCAUCCUGGCAGCAGGCAGCAUGAUGCAGACGCAUGGGGAUUUCGACGUGGCCAUGAAUAAAUAUCGCGUGGCAGCGUUCACGGUGCCUGAGAGCCCCCCUCUCUGGAACAACAUCGGCAUGUGCUUCUUCGGAAAGAAGAAAUAUGUAGCUGCUAUAAGCUGUCUGAAGAGAGCAAACUACCUGUCUCCGUUUGAUUGGAAGAUCCUGUAUAACCUGGGUUUGGUGCACCUUACCAUGCAGCAGUACGCCUCAGCCUUCCACUUCCUCAGUGCUGCCAUUAACCUGCAGCCACGCAUGGGAGAGCUGUACAUGCUCUUGGCAGUUGCUCUGACGAAUCUGGAUGAUGUAGACAAUGCACGCAGGUCCUAUGAACAAGCCAUUCAACUGGAUACGUCCAACCCUCUGGUGAAUCUGAAUUUUGCAGUGUUGCUGUAUAAUCAGGGAGACAAGAAGGCUGCACUACAGCAAUACCAAGAGAUGGAGAAGAAAGUCAACAUGUUGGUGGAGAGCAACAGCAACACUGAAUUUGACCCAGAGCUUAUUGAGAUGGCGCAGAAGAUGGGUGCAGCCCUGCAGGCGGGGGAGAAUUUAUUCUGGUCUAAACCAGGAAAAGAAUCUAAGAACAGCCAGCAUUCCUCUUCCAACAAGUCUGCUUCUUCCCAGCAGCCACUAGGCACCAAUCAAGCUUUGGGCCAGGCCAUGUCUUCUGCUGCUGGUUACAGCAAGAGCAUUCGGUUAGCUACAGAGCCAGAGCCAGAUGUGGAAAGCGCCCCGUCUCCCCCCACAGAGCCCCCCGGGGAAGCAGAGGCUGAAGAUGAUGUAGAGGAAGCCGUGGAGCCUCCUAAAGCCAAAGAGAAGAAAAAGAGCAAACCCAAAGCAGUGGCUGAAUAGAGAUGACCAAGCUCCUCCUUUUCAUUUUAAGUGAUUUAAUUGUUUAUAAACUUUACAGAGCUGCAUUUUCCAAGCUUCUCUUCUAUAGAAUCUCCAGACCCGUCCAGUAUGAUAGAAAAGGUGUACAGGUACGCUGGGAAAUGUGACAAAAAUUGAAAAAGUGGAGCAUCUGGGGGACGCAGUCGAUCAGGCUAGAAAGGAUGUAUACAGGAUUCGUGUCCUAUGAAUGUAUAGUGAUAUUUUGGUAGAAAUGUUGUUUGUAUAGCGUUUUCUAAGACACUUUAAAAUAUGUGUAAAAUCUUUAGUUAUAAGCUGCUACGUUCUCAUCAACCAGAACAUCGUAAAACUUAACAACUGAUUAGAAGAAAAUGUCCUGGAACCAGCAAGACAGGAAAUAUUUCAUUAAAAAUGAGCACAUAUGAGUGGUCAGUUGGAACAUAGAACUCAACUGGAAUGGCAAUCUGAGGUUUUAUUGAUUGUACUAUGUUGCUUUUGGAACAGAAUUAUUAAUUGUGUUAUUUAAUAUACUAUAUACACAGUCAUAAUAUACAUGGUGCUUGAAUCUUUGUAAACCCUUUAAAAUGUUCUAUAUUUCUGCAUAAAUAGACUUAAAACACAUCAGAUUUUUACAGGACUGAUCAGGACUGUGCCAGAAUAAACAGAACCAUUUAGUUGCAGUUAUUGCUGCAAAGGGUCACACUUGAUGCUAAAAGCAAAGGUUCACAUACUUUUGCCACUUACAAAUAUGUAAUCAUUUUCCCCAAUAAAUAAAUAUAUGACCAAGAUUCAUAUUUUUUGUCGUAAUUGUUUAACUGGGUUCUCUUUAUCUACUUUUAGUGUGAAAAUCUGAUAACAUUUUAGGUCAUAUUUAUGCAAAAAUAUAAAACAUUCUAAAGGGUUUACAAACCUUUAAGCACCACUGCACUUCUUUUUGUACAGGGUGUUUGUAAAGGCCAUUUUCAAAUGUAAAAUAGAUUGGUAGACUCUUUUGCAUCCUUAAUGCAAUUAUGCAUUACAUUACUGUAGCUCAUUGCUUUUUCCAGUGAAUAUACUGUACAUUCACCGCGCAUUUCAUUAGGAAUGAAAGGCUUCUCACAGUAAUGUUACCAAAUUAUUAUACAGUAUAUAUAAAGUGCUUGGCCCAGUGGCCUACUCAGAUCAACUGUUUAAAAAUGCUCAUAUUCCAAUCCCGAUUGCUGAUUUUUUUUUUUUUUUUUUUUUUUGGCAAAAUUGAGUUACUAUGCUUUAUUGUUUUACUGACAUAGUAUGGUCUUAAAUUAACAAUAUUGUUCCACAAUUGUUUGAGACAAUUCAUUGUCAAAAACAUUGUUAUUGUGACAGACCUAAUAAUAGGUUGGAGCACCUUUUCGGCUUUUGAAACGGCUUAAUUUAAUAUUGUAUGGAUUCAUCAUUCCAAGCUAUGCUUUCCUAGUCCUCAGCUAUCUAGUUAUAGUGAGCCUGUGCCCUCUGCAGCCUCAGCUUUCUGUUCUUGACUGAAAGAGGUGGAACCUUGCGUGGUUUGCUGCUGCUGUUGUCCAUACAAUUCAAAGUUAAUUGUGUUGUGUGUUCUGAUUUAUUUUUUCUUACAUUAAAAUUCAGGUGACCGCAUUGGUUUUUAGAGUUACUGUAGCCUUUCUGUCAGCUCCAACCAAUCCAAGCAGUUUCCAUUAAACUCACCUAAUUAAUUUGCAUCUGUAGAACUGAAAGCAUUACUGGACGAAUGAGUGCAAGUGUUCCUAAUAAAGUGUUCAGUCAGUGUUUUUGAGCUUCGUUUAAAAAACACAAAAUAGGUCUGCAUUAUGUAUGUUGGAAUUUUAUUGAAUUAAAGUGUAGUUUACUAAA